AUGGUGUACCCGACAUCGUCGCCACCAUCACAAGAGUCACCGUCUAGUGGUGUAGUCAUUCGUGCUAAACGUCAAUGGGGUGGAUUUGGUUGCUGUCCUAUGAUGCCUCCUAUGUGCUGUCCAAUGCCUAUGAUGAUGCUGCCUCCUUUACAGAUGAUGCUGCCUCCACCAAUACCUCCACCGCUGUUCAUGCCAUCUUGCUGUUCGUGCUGUCUACCUGUGUGCAUGCCGAUCUGUAUAACAGGUGGUUGCGGAUGUGGAGGCAUGUUUGGCAGGAGAAAACGAUCGGCGAUAAUCCAGAGGAAUCCCGUAGCACUGCGUCUCACUUGGUCUCGUUGA